AUGCCUCCAAAAGUAGAUCCAAGCGAAAAAGUUGAAGUCUUCCUCAGAGUAUGUGGUGGUGAAGCUGGUGCUAUGUCCACCCUUGCACCAAAACUCGGUCCACUCGGUGUUUCACCAAAGAAAGUUGGUGAUGAUAUCGCUAAAGCCACUCAACCAUGGAAAGGUAUGAAGGUUUCAGUCAAAUUGACCAUUCAAAAUCGUAUUGCUGUCCCAGAAGUUUUACCAUCUGCUUCAGCAUUGGUCAUCAAAGCCUUAAAAGAGCCACCAAGAGACAGAAAGAAGGAAAAGAACAUUAAACACAACGGUAACAUCCCAUUAGAAGAAAUCUGCAAAAUCGCCAAGACCAUGAGAUUCAAAUCUUUAGCUGUUGACUUCAAAGGUUCAGUCUUAGAAAUCUUAGGUACUGCUCACUCUGUUGGUUGUAAAGUCAAUGGUAAAUCACCAAGAGAUAUCCAAGCUGGUAUCCAAUCUGGUGAAAUCGAAGUUGUCGAACCAAAAUAA